AUGAACUUGGAAGGACAAAGUGAGGCUGAUGAUCAGCUGAUGCUGGAGUGUAAGAGAGCUGUUGUUAAGCGCAGGGAGUCAUGGAAAGUUAACGACAUCAACAGUUUCUUUGAAGCUCUUUUUGAACAUGGCAAGGACUUUGACGCCAUCCAGUUGACCAUGGCCAACAAGAGUAGGAGAACCACGAAGGAACGGCGGAACGUGAAAAGUAAGGAACAAAUCCGACACUUCUAUUACAGAACCUGGCACAAAAUAUCGCAAUAUAUCAACCUCAACAAUGUCGAUGAUGUUGAUGUCACGAGUGCCUUUAUUUCAUAUCCAGAAAGUCGAAAGCAAAAUAUGGAGUUGAAGGCAGUGCUAUGUUAUGGCGAGAUAAGGAAGAAAGUUAAAAUAAGUUUUGAUGAGAAAUUUGGACAGAAAUUAAAUGAACUUUUCUGUAACGGAUCAACCAUGAUUCGUAUGAGAGGUAGGAGAUGCCUUGUCAAAGUCCCAUGUUGCCCAGCGUUCAAAAAGAUCAACAAUCAAACAGUGGAUCCCUGCUUGAAGUUGCCUGACGAGAUAUCGGUGGAGUUGUUGCCACGCAGGAAUGAUUCCUGGCUGUACGUACAGCUACUCUCACACAAUCCUCGCAUUCGGGUCAGCGUCGGCUUGGACCAGGUCCUUCUCUGCCUCAUCAACUGCCUCCAAGAUAAGUGGAAGCAUCCUCUCGGGACCAAGGUGCUGAUAUAUUUUGACAAUGACUACAUCUACAACAGCCAAGUCAGCAACAAUAACCACAUCAACAACAACAUCACCAACAACAAUAACUUGGACACCAACAGCUCCAGCAGACUGGAAACAUCAGGAACGGCAGCAGGGGGUGCAGGGCUUGCCACCAGCACGAACUUGGACACCGCAGACACUAAUGUUGAGAACUUCUCUGAACUCUUGAAUGAAGUGUUGGGAGAUAAUGAUGGCGAGAAGAGAGGGCGAGAGAAAGUGAUGGCUGGGAAGAGGAAGAAAUUGAGCGAUGAUGAGGAUGAGGAUGAAGAUGAUAGCGAUGAUGGGGAAUUGGAUAAUAUCGAAGAAGAAGAAGAAGACGAUGAUGAUGAUAAUGAGAGGAAUGAUAGAUUUAAUAAUGAAGAUGCACGUGUGGGUGCCACUGACAAGUGCAACGAGGGAGAACACCGAGCAGGUGGUUAUCGCACCGCUGAUGAUGACGAUGAUGAUGGUGAUGAUGAAGAUGAAGAAGAAGAGAAUGGCGAUGAUGAUGGUGAUGAUGAUGAUGACAGUAAUGAAAAUGAUGCUGGAAAUGUUGAAGAUGGCGAUAAUGUGGAGGCAGUUGACGAGGAGGGCGAUGACAACAGGAACGGGAAUGAAAAGACGGACGAGAAAGAAGAUGAAGAGGAUGAAAAUGGCAGCGAUGAAGACAACCACUUUGAGGAUGUUGAUGAUGACGAUGAUGAGGAUGGAUUGAAGAUGAGGAUGAAGAUGAUGUACUUGCGUGGAGCUGAUGAAGAAUUAAGUGGUAAGAUAUCGUUCAGGGACUUGUACACAUUCCUAUCAUGCCCUAAUGUCAUCCAGCUGAGAUAUGCCUGCCUCCACAACUAUCAAUAUGAACGCUGGAAGUCCAACAACAUCAACAACAUCAACAACAACAUCAACAACAUCAACAACAACAUCAACAUCAACAACAUCAACAACAACAUCAACAACAACAACAUCAACAAAGACGUCGACAAUCACGACAACAAUGUCGACAACGAUGGGAUGAACUUUGAAGAUCGGAGCAAAAAUUUUGAAAUGAUGAGCAGUCGACUGCGUACCCUCUGUGAAGUGGCCAUGAGAGAAUUCCUUCCUCUUUUUAACAUCCCCAAAAGUAAAGACGAACAAUUGAAAACCACACAGAGGCUUGAUGAUUCCAAGUUGUUGACAGCAGUUGAAAAUGUUUCGGCGACUUUAUCCUCACCAACAACACCAACAUCAACUGCACUAACAUCUACACCAUCAACAACUUCACCAUCACCAACAUUGUUUGAUGUAAUGGCGGGAAGCUGCAAUAAAAACCGAGCUACUGCAGAAAGUUUCGUGAUGCCUACGUCAUCGUCGUCGUCGUCAUCAUCAUUCUCAUUCAGAAUUCCUCAAAGCUUGCCUGCCAGACAUCACGCCCAACACCAACAACAAGCGUCCCUUCAUUCGCAUCUGAAACUUUCUCAACAAGUUUCAACACAGCAGCAACAAGACACAACAUCGCAACAAACUGCACAGCCACGCAAUGCUGACAAGAAAAUUGUUGAUGCAUCUUCCCUCAUGAAACUUCCCAUCUUUCAAAGGAAGAAUGAAUCCUUCCUAUCGAGGAGGACCCGCAGAAGACCAGCGCACCACAGCAACAAUGCUCCACCGACACAACGAACAUUGUUACCGAAAACAGAGUCUGAACUUGCGGACUGGUUGGCUUCGAGUGUCAUCAUCAUCAACACCAUCACACCAUCGUCUUUGUCAUCGUUAUCAGCACCUUCAACAGUGGCAACGCCAUUAUCAUCAUCAUCGAUGACGUCAUCAUCAAAGUUGAUAACAAUGGACCCAGCUGAACUGAAGCCAUCCUUCCGAAGAAUUGUUCCCAUCACGCUCAACGUUUCGUCGGCAUCAUCGUCGUCGUCGUCGUCUCCGAGUGUCAACAGCGCUACCACAACCACUACAACUACCGCAAUUAUUUCAUCACUGCCAACCGCAUCAACGCCCCAGUAUGGCACUGAGACUUCUUUCAGAGUUAUUACAGGCUCUGAUGUCUUUUUAAAUGUUCACGAAGAUUCCAUGUCCAAUGACGUGGCUACUGCUGCUGCUGCUGCUGCUGCCAGCAACAACCACAUCAGCUCAGAAGAAUCUUUGUUGACUGCAACGUCACACGGCAAACCAGUUAUUUGUGAUCUUUGGAGAAACGCAGAUCUUUCUAAAAACUUUUCUGUAUCUUUGGCAUUUGGAAAAAUGACGUCAUCAACCGCGCAACAUCAACAACACCAACACUUGUUUCUAUCUGAAUUGUCCAGGGAAUCCAGUCAUUCUAAGCUAGAUGUGGAUUCAACCUUCCAAUGUCUCCUGAACGAAAGUAGUUUGGACUACGCUGCAAAGUUUGCAGAUAUCGCUGCCAUGUUGUCGUCGUCGUCUUCGUCUUCGCCACAUCAUCCUCCCGCCCAACCACCAUCAACAUCAUCAUCUUGGCUACCACCACAAGAAAUUUUAACUUCGUCGUCAUCAUCGUUGUCUUCAUCAUCUUCUUUCAAAAUUUAGACAAUAUUUAUUUAUAUGUACUUGUACGUAUAUUCCUCUUUCAUUAAUUUAUCAAUAAUAAAUCCAAUUAUUACGGAGAAUUCAUUUUAUAAACUUUCUGCUUUGAGGCCUAAUAAAUUGUUAAGAA